ACCACCGGAUGUUUACGGAUUUCAUUCGUGUGUCCAGAGUGAAAUCUAUCUGAAUAUAUUCUUUACUUCUCUUGGGUGUAAUAUGUUGCCGAAUAAAACAGUAUUGUGUCCAUUUGUGGAAGACAGUUUCAGUCGUUUUCCUUCGCAGAGUAACAUAUAUGGACUGUGCCAAGCAGGCGACCAGGAGUUGCUGGCAGCGACUUUGAAGGGUAAAGUGGUGUGCUUCAGAUACCAGGAUCUGCAGAAGAAGAUCAGACCUGUGGCCAAAGAAAUUCAAUUCACAUACAUACCAGUUGAUGCCGAAAUUGUCUCCAUUGAUGCGUUCAACAAAUCAGCACCUAAAAGAGGACUAGUCGUAGGCAUAACCUUCAUCAAGGACUCGGGCGAUAAAGCAACUCCAUUUCUUAACAUUUACUGUGAUUAUGAACCUGGCUCAGAGUUUAACCUGGAGUCUAUAGCACAAAGCUGUUUAAAUCUAGAACUAAAAUUCACACCGUUCCAGCUUUAUCACACAGAGGUGCAUUGUGGAGAUGGACCCAGUGAGACUGUUUUUCUUCUCAGUGGACACGAUCAGUGUAUACAUCUUUAUAAAGAGAAUGCCUCUUUGCACCAAUUUGAGGAACAACCAGUAGAAAAACUCUUUCCUGAACUGCAAGAGCUACCAAGCAAUGUGUUAUGGUUGGAUGUGUUGAGUAUUGAUGAAAAUCGUCGCCUCACUGCGUUUGGAUGUCAGAAUGGUUCUGUGGGACUUUCUCUUGUCAACCAAAAGGGACCUGAGAUUCUCCAGAACUGGCGUAUACAGCAUGACAGUCCCAUAUCCACGGUGUUACUGUUCCCUUUACCGCAACAGCACCCGAACACUGAUACAAACGCAGGUAGCCAAAAGGUAACAUUUAAUCUCCUGGUAACCAGUGCAAUAGAGAUGGCUGUUGUUUACAGGGAUGUGGAGCAGUAUGGACUGAGCAGACAGCGGUGUUUAGCAGAAAGUGAUCAGUGUGAUGCAGUUGUCUGUGCCCUCGUUGUUGAUCUAGACUUUGAUGGGGAAAAUGAAUUGUUGCUGGGAACAUACGGACAGGACCUGCUCUGCUAUAAAUUUUACCCAUCAAUGGGAGCUCCUGAAGAUAAGUUACAGUUGCUGUGGAGGCGAAGUUUUAAAAGUCCCCUCCUGUCAUUGAUUUAUCUGGACCUGACAGGUGAUGGACUGAAAGAACUCGCUGUUCUUACCUUGAAAGGACUGCAUAUACUACAGCACAGUCUGAGCUCAACAGCUGAUCUUGUUCUUCAUCGAUUGGCAAGUUUAGUAUCAAGACUGCCUGUUACAGACCAACCAGUCAAAAACCAAGAGACUGAACAGGAAACAGUUUCGAUUAGUAAUGAACAGAGUGCUUCAGGCACCUAAUACAAAUUUUUACAUGAUACAUAUUUAUUUUUGUCUGGAAGAUGUUUAUGGAGAUUAAGAGCUGACGUAUUGAAGAGCGUGUCCUUCUUUUAAAUAACCAGCAGCCUUCAGGUUUUGUAAUAGACUGGCAAAAUCAUGAUUUUGUUUGUUAGGGUUAGUUGGAAAUGUUUGUUACCUGCAAACAAGAGAAAGAUUGUAAGUGCACACUAAACUAGUUUCAUUUUAAGCUUGUUAUGGUGUGUACAUAUCUGAUUCCCAGUAGAGGGCGCCCUCUCUCAACAACCAUAUUACAGUAAACUACCAUUUACAGUUUUACUUUCAGUGCCUUUAAAAAAUGUGGUUUGUAGUGUCAGAUUUGAAAUUAUCACAAGCAACACAUCAUCAAUAUUUUAUCAAGGGGACAUUUCACAAGACUUGUAAGAUGUCAAAUAAAUAUUUGGCAUCCCCAGAGAGUACGUAUAUGAAGUUCUAGCUCAAAAUACCUUCUAUAUAAUUUAUUAUAGCAUGUUAAAAUUGCCACUUUGUAGGUGUGAGCAAAAAUAUGCUGUUUUGGUUGUGUCCUUUUUAAAUGCAAAUGAGCUGAUCUCUGCACUAAAUGGCAGUGUCGUGGUUGGAUAGUGCAGAUUAAGGGGUGGUAUUAUCCCCUUCUGACAUCACAAGGGGAGCCAUAUUUCAAUGCCCUAUUUUCACAUGCUGGCAGCGAAGGGUUUACCAAAACUAAGUUACUGGGUUGAUCUUUUUCUAAAACAGAACAGCUCCCUUUGCAAAAAUUACUGAUGAAGUAAUUAACACAUAAAAACUGCAUCAUAUCACACUGCAAAAUAAAAUAAAUGUAUAUUUGGAGUGGAUCACAAAUGAUGUUACGUUUUGCAAGUAAGGGUUAAAGUUUAUUUCUUGCCAUUUUAAGACAAGCAUAUAUUUACUGUGUUUGUAUGUGUCACUUUAGAAGUGGUGACAUGGGUGCUAGAGGUUUUUGGAAGACUGCAUACUUAAAGGUGGCAUGCUCCAAUAGAAUCUGGACCUUCUUUUAAUAGACCCACCCACACAUACACAACCCAGGCAACGAUGUCGGUUAGUAGAUAUUGCCCUUACUGCUGAUUGGCUACAAGUGGUUUUGGUAGUCAGCCCGACUCUCUUUUCCAAAGUGUUUUAAAAAAAUCAUGCACCCCACCUUUAAGAAAGGCUUCAUUAUAAAUGAACCAAAACAAUGGAAUCAGGUAGCAUCUGUAUUUUAAACCCAGGUAUUAUUUAAGAAAUCAUGUAUUUCAUACUUAAACUGUACACCUAUGUAACUUUGUCUGUGGUGAUGUCAAAGUCUAACAGUUCAGUGUCAUGUACAUCUAAAAAAAAUUUGUUAACACUUUCUAAGGUUGCAAUUCAUAACUUAUCUUUUAAGCAUUUUUGAUUCCCCAAACAACUUUUCAGUCAAAGGUUCUAAAAAGAGCCAUACUAUCUUUUUGCAGUCUAAAACAUUUUACAAAACAAAAGAUUAUGUUGAAUGUUAACGGUUGUUUAUGGUACCAUACAGCCAAAAACAGGUCUUCUUAUAAGCGGCAGUGUGUAGCACCUGUAUUUUACGGAGAGUUUUGAAAUGUAAUUUUUUUUAUUUAAAGGGGUCAUGUUAUGAGAUUAUUUAAAGAUGUAAAAUAAGUAUUUGGUGUCCCCAGAGUGCGUAUGCGAAGUAUUAGCUCAAAAUACCACACAGAUAAUUAAUUACAGCAUGUUAAAAUUGCCACUUUGUAGGUCUGAGCAAAAAUGUGCAGUUUUUGGGCGUGUCCUUUUAAAUGCAAAUGAGCUGAUGAAAUGCAAACACUGAUCGCAAUGACGGUGGUUUGUCGUAAUAGAAACGCAAUUGUGCUGUCAAUUAUUUUCUCUCUCUGCACUAAAUGGCAGUGC